UUCUCGAUCAAGGUUCCAAAUAGAAUGCAGUAUAGAAAAGGAGUGCAUGUUUAGCAUUGAGAACCAUGGGCCUGCCUUGUACAAGAAGAAACAAUUGCCCUCUAAGAAAUGAUAAUGUUUCAUGUCUUCUGUGAAUUUGUAUCUAAUACAGCAAGACUGGCGACAAUUUUCAGAACGUGCGUAAUUGAUUAAAUGGAAAAUACCAAGUGCUGUCAGCUGACAACAUAGUGCGAGUGUGCGACCAACAAAAAAACAACACUGAAACGAAAAGAAAGGACGUCCAAGAAGAAGCAACGGUUUAGUGUGGUGUUAGACUAUGAUGAGAUGCAACUCUAUUCAUGUAUGUUGUUUCGAGAGACCGUUACUUUCCAUCAAAUAAACGGUGAAAUAACGAUUUAUUCAAUCAAGAAGCCACACAAAACGACUUGCCAAGUACUUACGAACCAUGAUUAAAUUCCAUAAUUCGGACCUAUGGAUUGCUUGGCUGGUUUUAUUUUGCAUGGAAGGUUCAAGAUUUGAUCUGCACACAGGAACAGUGAGCGUGAGGGCGUUGGAUGUCACAGUGACCCAGAGCAGCAUCCAGGUAGCCCGCGGCCAGGCGGCCAUCUUGCCCUGCUCCUUCUCCACCAGCGCUGCGCUCAACAACCUCAACAUUAUCUGGAUGGUCAUCCCGCUGUCCAAUGCCAACCAGCCCGAACAGGUGAUCAUCUACCAAGGUGGCCAAGUGUUCAGUCUCGCCAACCACUUAAAUGGCCGGGUGGGUUUCGUGGCCACCAUGCCCAGCACAAGUGCCUCUAUCUUCAUCAACAACACCCAGCUGUCAGACACGGGGACAUACCAGUGCCUGGUCAACAACCUCCCCGACAGAGGGGGGCGCAACAUCGGGGUCAUCGGCCUCACCGUGCUGGUGCCCCCCUCGGUGCCUGCAUGCCGUAUCCAGGGCACACUGGACGUGGGCGCUGACAUCAUGCUGAUGUGCAGCAGCGAGGAGGGGAUCCCCACGCCCACCUACGCCUGGGAGAAGCUGGAGUCGCUGCCCAAGCUGCCCCACACCGCCAUGCAAGACCAGAUGCAAGGGACCGUAACACUGAGGAACAUCAGUACCAGUACCUCUGGUCUGUACCAGUGUACAGCCUCCAACGCCAUCGCCAAGAGCACCUGUCUACUCAACCUGCAGGUUGUGGCACCCCAGCCCCAGAGUGUGGGUCUUAUAGCUGGCACCAUCGCCACGGGCGUGUUGGCUGUCAUCAUCUGCUCCCUACUGGUGCUGGUGACACUCUUCUACUGGAAGAACAAGAACACAUACGAGGAGGAGGAGAUACCCAAUGAGAUCAGAGAGGACGACCUGCCCCCUAAGAGGUCGUCGUCAGUGAAAGCGUUUCACGCCGACGCCUCAUCCUCGGAGAACGACACCCUGACGUCCACCAACACCUACAACAGCCGCUAUUGGCACAACCCCAAGCCCAACUACGACACCAACUCCUACACCCGCUGCAACGGCGACACGCGCCAGACGUUCCCUACGGGGCAGGCGGGUCGCACAGGUCAAACAGGGGGACAUGCAGCUCACACAGGACACGGGACACUGGCGCCGCCGGGCUCCGCCCCCCUGGCAUGUCAGGCCUACUCUAAUGGUAGCCACACCCUCCCCCCGCCCAAGACUCUGGUGGUCACCACCAACUCCGCCCCCUCCCCGCCCACCAUGGUGCGCAGCAAUGGCUCGGUCAGCCUGAAGCCCGUGACGGUGGCAUCGCACGGCGGGUACACGCACUCGUACGCCGUAAGCCAGGCCACGCUGGAGCGCAUGGGCGCAGUGCCCGURUUGGUGCCAGCCCAGAGCAGAGGAGGCUCUCUGGUCUAAAGUAAACUGUUACUGGGUUGAACCAGCCUGCCUCCCCACUUCGUCUCUGUUUCUCUCUCUCUCUGUUUCUCCCUUUUUUACUCAUAAACGGGAUUUUACAUUACCGACUUCAUCUAAUGCCAACGUCUCCAAGUACAGGAUCCCGUUUGAAAGCAGCACCAGGUGUUCUAUUCCUAUUGGUUGGUUUUGUAUCUCUUCUUGGGUAUGGUUUUCUCUCACUGGUUCCUUGCAUUAAAUGGCUGUAACCAGUGGGAUUAUCGUACAAAAGUCACACAAUCAUCUGACGUUUCAGGUGAUUGUGACUGUGGGUUUUGGACWCAUCAAGACAGUGAGCAUUAACCGUUUAAUCUCUGUGUUUUAACCACAUCUAGACGCUCCGAACCCUGCAAGUCCCAUAAAGAAGCAUCCGAACGUGCAUGUACUGUAUAUUCCAUUGAAAACGAACAACCAGAUUCUUGCUAUUAUUUUAUAUCACUCCGCUAUUGCGGUGAUAAUAAUUGUUUUGUAUCUUUACAACAUUUUAAGAGAUGUUCUUUGAUUCACUGCAGUGGUCUUACAUGAACAGAACCAUAGUGGUGGAAAUGGCCUUAGAAGYGCAGAAAGUUACGGGGAUUUCUGGUGAAGUACCAAAUGGCAAAGACAACAGAAUGGCACAACACAGUAGGCUGGUCCUGUGACUGGACAGGGGGUUUCUGAUUCUGUCCAUUAGCUCCYACUUCAACAUGUUCAUUCAUUUUUGCACGGUAACACACUUUCAUCAAAAACUCCUCUGAAGUAAUGCCAUUACAAACAGUACAGUCAAUAUAUUUCUAUGUCUUUAUUAUAGAACGGUCUUACUUAUGCACCCCCUUACCUCUACAGUGUUACAAAUGGGAGAGAUGGAGCCUCUCCAGCACAAACUGGGUUAAGGGUUCAGCAUUUACAUUGAUUAGGGCUCAGCAUUUACAUUGAUUAGGUUUACUAUUGAUAACUAUGGUCUUACCUCAAGUCCAUUAUGUUAAAACACCUUUCCUGAAACUUGAAUUUGCAGUUUGAGACGCACUGACAGUGUUUAUGGAAGUACGUGCUAUUGUAAACAUGCUAUUGAGAUAUAAGUGACAGUGUUUAUGGAAGUACGUGCUAUUGUAAACAUGCUAUUGAGACGUACUGACAGUGUUUAUGGAAGU